UGAUGAAGUGCGUGAUCGGGGAUUUACAAUGAUCCUGGAUAUGAGAGGGACCAAGUGGGAGACAGUCAAGCCUAUCCUCAAAGCCUUGCAGGAAUGUUUUCCUGGAAAUAUUAACAUGGCCUUCAUAAUUAAACCUGAGAAAUUCUGGGAAAAGCAGAGGACAAGCCUUGGUAGUUCCAAAUAUAACUUUGAGACCAACAUGAUAUCAUUAGAUAGUCUGAACAGAGCUAUAGAACCUUGCCAGCUGACCAGGGAGUUUGAUGGCACACUAGAAUAUGAUCAUGAGCAGUGGAUUCAGCUGCGUCUGAUGUUGGAGGAAUUUAUUUGGAAAGCUUUAGACUUGCUGGACAAGCUGGAUGAGCUUGGGGAGAUCCUCACCAACCCAGAGUUGCCUGAUGAUUUGAAUGGAGCACAGAUGGUGCUGGAGGAGCACAACCAGCUGAAGAAAAGAGUCACGAUGGCCCCAGUGGAGCAGCUGGCCAUGGAAGGGCAUCAGAUUUUACAGAGGAUCACUGGGGAGUAUGUUGGGUCUAGUGGCAGAAAGUAUGUCAUAUCUGGCAAUGCUGAUUUCCAGUCUGCUGUUCCCCAAAUCUCCCAGCUUCUGGACAAUCUUCAGUCUACCAAGCAGCACCUCAACCAGCUGUGGACUGUCAAGAAAAUGAGGCUUGAGCAGUGUUUGCAGCUGAGAAUAUUUGAGGAGGAUGUAGAGAAGAUGUUUGAGUGGAUCAGUCACAACCGAGACCUUUUUCUAGUCAACUAUACAGAGAUUGGAACCUGUCACCAGAUGGCAGUGGAGCUUGAAUCAGAGCAUUGCCAGUUUGCCACAAGUGCAGAGAAUGUGUAUGUGAAUAUCACAAGGAUUCUAGGCAUGGCCCAGCGCAUGUGUGACUCCGGCCAUUAUGCCUCCAACACCAUCAGAAUGGAAGGUGGCAAGCUGGAGAGGGAAUGGAAGAGCCUGGCUGCUGCACUUGAAGAUAGGAGCACUGUGCUGCGCAUGUCAGUUGUCUUUCAUAAAAAAGCUGAACAAUACCUGGCCCAAGUUAUUGUGUGGCAGAACACGUGCGAGAACCUGAAGAUACCCUCUGGUAUAGAAGACCUGGAGGAGGCUCUGCAGCAGCACCAGAAUCUCAUUGAAACAAUCAGCCAGACGUAUGCAGAGGCUAACCCGGUCAACAAAUGCCCGCAGAAGUCGGACACUCUGCAAACACCGGUGACCUCCAGCAGUGCCAACUCAAUCACCGCCAAGGCAGACUAUUCUGAAGCAGCAGGCCAUGUGCUGGAUGUAGUUCAUGAG